AUGGCCGUCACCAGACAGAAGCAGAAGCAGAAGCCACAAACCACGACCACACCCAAGACAGAAGUCACCCAACAGCAGAGUCUUGAGAUCGUGCAGACUCUAGUCCAUGGCACGCUCAGCAACACGUGCUUUCUCAGGGGGCUGUUACCAGAGAGAGCGUUGCAAGACGCAGUGAUCGGAAACAGCGAUCGCUUGGUGUAUACCGACUUCGCCGCCGGCAAGCUCAACCAGAAAAAGUCGACCCAGGACUUCACGAACCUCAAGGCCAUGCGGCGUGGCGAGAGCGUGCGUGUCGACACAUUUUUGGAUUGGCUUGUGAGUUCCUGCACACGAUACCAAGCGAUAUCCACUCAUCACAAACAGGAGAUCGGAGCGUUCACCGCACUCAAAGACAACCGCCUGCACGCUGUUUGCGUGUAUGUGCACGCCCAACCAGAUCGGAAGGAGUUGCUCGAGAAGUACGUUUUCACCAUCCAGUACGACUCUGACGGUGAACAUGGGAAGCUGCUUGCCGGUGUGCAGAUAGCCACCCGUCAGGACAGUGUACGAACGGUCGAGGCGACUAUGGCUGGCUUGCAGACUUUCCUGCGUGAGAUCAGCACUCGCUGCGGUAAACUACCAGAUCUUCCAGACAUUCGUUUCUUAAGCAUGAAACUGGUAUACGACGGAGAGGACUACAAUCCACCAGGUUUCGUGCCAGACACAACCAGUGACCCAUCAUUCGCGAGUGCCGCUGGCUGGACGAAGCAGACCAAGGCAGUCACCGACUUUAUGUCUCGUUAUCAUGGGUUGUUGGACUUUGCUCUGGCACCACGCAUCUGUAGCGCCGGAUUGACGAUCACCUACCUUCAGCCACCAUCCCAGCCUGAGAACGUUGGCGUCCAUGAAGAAGCAGCCGGUAAGAGUAACGAAGAUGACGUCGGAAGCUCGAAGACCGACACUCCCUCGACUGUGGUGGCAGAGGACCUCUUCGAUCCCGAGCCAGCUCUGGCAAAACAGAGCAACGACUCAGUACAGCCAUCCCAGCACAUCGCCGGUCAAAGUAGGCAUCCUGAGCCUCGAGGUCCAAGAGGCACUUUUCAUGAAAGCCUGGACACACAGUCCAGCAAUGUUCCUCGGAUGAAGAGUGCGUUCGAUGAUAUGCUGCAGCCGGAACGCAUGACACAAGGAGAUACGCAAACCCAAGCACCACCUCGGGCGCCGCGGGCUGGCACCAGAUCGCUCACGACCCCUGCCGCAAAGUUGCCAUCUGAUGGCAAAUUGACACUGCUGCCCGGGGUCGCUGCGGGACUCAAAUCCGAGAAGGCGAAGCUGUACAGGACCGCCACCCGACUUGUUGCACCUAAGCAGAAACGAAACCAGCCAGAGGAUGUCGUGUUAUGCCAGUGCCAACAAGACGGCAGGGAUCGUGACAUGCUCCACUGCACCUUCUGCGACACCAGGCAGCAUUUCUACUGCUAUGGAUUCUCUGGUGCUAGCGACGACCCACGCAGACCCGCCAUUCACGCCUGUUACCAGUGCCUCUUUGGCAGCAACGACGCAGCCAUGCUCGACGAGCUCCGAGACCUUGCAGUCAAGCGACGAAUCGUGCUCUUUGGUCUGCGAACUGGUCCUUGGGAGACGACGGACAUGGCCGAGUCUUUGACACGACUGCAAAGCGAGCUUCUCGAGGCAGAUUUCAUUGAGGCUGAGCCGAAUUCGCAAGAUCCAGGCUUCGCAAAGACCAGACAAUCUCGUUUCCGCCCAGCGAUUGGAGCGGCAAGUCAUCGGGCUAUGAUUGAGCAACUCUUUGACCCGUUGGUUGUGGUUGAGAAAUAUUAUGCCAAGGAUGCUAACAUGCUCACGCCCUUCGCGGUUGCCAAGCGGUUCCACAGAGUGAGGCCUGCGAGCAUGUCUCCGCCAGCCAUGUCCUCUUCGAGCGACAGAGGACAAGACGCAUCAACUGUGGUCUCGGAAUGCGAUUCGCGAGCUUCAAAGUCGCCGAAUGUUACUCCCAGCCCACGCAAGCGUGCGAGCGACGAGCCGGACAUAUUCUCGACUCCAGCUCAGCGCGCUGCGACUGGCACGCCAUUGUUCAAACGCUUGAAGAGCGUGCUUUCGAAGUCCUCGCUGAAGGCGUACGGAUCAUCCCCGGCUCCGGUGGGUCGUUGA